AAUAAAGAUUUAAAGAAUUCACAUUAUAAUGAACGUGUAUGUGUCACUAGGCGCUGUGUGUGGUGUACAUUUACAGUGUAUAAUUAAUAUGUAAUUUGAAAUGUGUGCGAUUAAGUGAUAUAUCUAAAAAGUAAUUUCUUCUCGUCGUAUUAUUUACAUACUUAUACAAAAUGAGUACAAAACCGAUGUUCUUAAAACCCGGAGACAGUAGUACGUGGCAGGAGGAUAAAUCUGAUAUCGAUGCUCAUUCUUCCACACAAUUUGUAUACAAUGCACAUCACUCACUUGCUUUGCAUAUGCAACGUCAACGAUUACCCACAUUCAAGUAUAGAAGUCAUAUUAUUUAUCUACUGGAAAAAUAUCAAACAUUAGUCUUAAUUGGAGAAACUGGAUGUGGAAAGAGUACACAGCUUCCUCAGGUAAAUCUAUAAUUCAUUUUAUUAAAUAAUUGGACACUGUAAGAAUUCAUAUUAUUAAUAUAAUUACAUUGAUUAUUCGUUAAAAUUAUAUACUCUAAUACUUAUCAGAUUAUCUUAAGAAAAUAUUGUUAUCAUAUAUUUAAGUUAAAGCAAGCCUAGAAAUAUAUACAAUAAUAUAUCUUGCCUGUAAUAAGUAAGUUAAACAUUUGCAAAUAAUCUAUGGAAGCUAACAGUCAUUAAAAAUUGUAGACACUGAUAAAAUUGACAAUGCAGGUAAUACCUAAUUUUUUUAAAUGCAACAAUUGGUCAUUCCUUGUUUUCUCAUUUACUCAAAUUGUUUCCCAAAGACAAUGGAAUUUAAUGUAAGUGAAGUGAUAAAGAAUGACUUUGGCUAACAAUGAACUUGGAAAGAGGUUUUCAGAUGAGUUGAGACUAUUUAUACAUCAAAAUUUUGUUAAAAAUUUGGUGCAAUAGUGCCUCAACUUAUGAACUUAAUUUGUUCUAGUCUGAAAUUCGUAUCUCGAAUCUGAGUUUUCCAUUAUAUGGUAACUCGGGAUUAUAAAAUCAUGCUUCGUUUCUUGAAAUUAAGUUUGUACCUAAAAAUCAAAAUGAAGUAUGAAAAAAGUUUGUAUGUCAAAAAGUUUGUAUGUAGAACGGUUUGUAAGUCGAGGUACCAUUGUACUUACAAAAAAAAAGAU